CCAUCCAGGGGCCGGGUGGUGCAAACCACCACACACAAUGCAGCAGGGUCCGGGCGGACAUGAUUGCGUAUGCAAAACCGUCUGAGAUAUUAUUUUAGCCCAAAUGCGAUAUUAGUUGUGCCUUCUUGGAGUCAAAGAUGGAGAAUGCAGAGUUAAUGCCCACGUACGGCGUGUACAUGGUGUAUGUUUUAGGUGGUUUUCUGGCCAGUGUUGUUGGAGUAGUUCUGCUAUUGAUUACGUUUUGGACUCUGUACACACACAGAGUACACCAGAAAUAUCGGCACAUACCUGGACCGAAGUUAGGACACUUCUACAAAGGACACAUUAAAAACUUUCAGGAUCAGCUGAAGUCUGGUGAGAAGAUUGUUGGAGAUCUCUUCCGUCAAUGGUGCAUGGAGCAUGGACCAAUCUGUAUUUUGUUUUUCUUUACUCGCCCAGUUCUACUUGCCUGCUCACCAGAAGCUGUGAAAGAGUUGAUAGUUGCGUCCAAGCACCCCAAGGAUCCAAUGCUCUACAAUGAUAUUGCCAAGCUGUAUGGGACAGACUUUCUGGGAUAUGGCCUCGCGACCGAGAUGGAUCACAGUAUCUGGGCCAUAAGACGAGGGAUUGUUGAUCCGGGUUUCCACAGAAGGUAUCUGAAGCAGUCGAUGACUCAGUUUAAUGACUGCGCUGACUUGAUGAUAAAGAGAUUGCAUCCGAAAGCAGAUGGGCUCACCAAGGUUACCAUGCUGAAUGAGCUUAUGAAGGUCACACUGGAUGUCAUCGCCAAGGUGGCGUUUAGUUGUGAGCUAGAGAUCAUGGGAGAAGGAGUUUCGCCUUUCACCGAGGCUGUGCAAGCAACAUUUAGUGCACUGCAAAUGAAAAAAAAAAACCCCUUCAUAAAGUGGAACCCAUUCAAGGCGGCAAGAGAACAUCGUAAGAAAGUACGCCAAGCCUGCUGUCUCAUUCGAGGCCUUGCAGUGAAGACUAUUAAGGAGCGUCUGGCAGCGAUAGAGAAGGAGGAAGAUGUACCCACUGAUAUCUUGACUUACAUCAUCAACGCUACAGAAGGACUUACUCAUCAACAUUAUAAGAUGCAGAACAUGGUGGAUGACUUCUUUACUUUCUUCAUAGGAGGCCAGGAGACGACGGCUAACCUUCUUGCCUCCGCUUUGUUGCAACUUGGUCUUCAUCCAGAGAUCUUGUACAGAUUGAAAAAUGAGGUGGAGAGUGUCAUGGGAGAUAAAACUACAGUAGACUUUGAAGAUCUACCCAAGCUACAGUACAUGGCAGCAUUCCUGAAAGAGUCACUGCGUUUGUUUCCACCUGCGGGAGAAACUAUGCGUUUGACAUCUGAGGAGUGCUACAUCAAUGGAUACAGGAUACCAGCUCAGACAAGCUGUUUGGUAUCCUUUUAUGUUCUGAGCCGUAUGGAAAAACACUUCAAGGAUCCUUUGCAAUUUGACCCUGAUCGUUUCACCAACAACCAAGAUGAACACACGCUGUUCUCCUUUUUGCCGUUUUCUCUUGGGCCAAGAAUUUGCAUCGGCAAGAAUUUUGCAAUGAUCGAAACUAAAGUGCUUCUUUGCAAAUUUCUUUCCAACUACGAGUUGACUCUGGAUCCUGAUCAGUCACUUCUGAUGGAAACCAAGGGUACUUUACGCCCAAAGGAUGGGUGUCGGGUUACUCUUAAGCCCACUAAGGCGUAAGGCAAUUUGGUAUCUAUAUUUUGGGAGUGUCGUGGCCGAGCGGUUAAGAGAACCGAAUUCAAACUCUGGUGUUUCUGAUCAGCAGAGUGUGGGU